GAGUUGUCGGCUCUUUCCGGAGGCGCUGGGGUUGUAGGCGGGGCCGCCGGGCGGGGAGAGGCUUCUUGGAGCUGUCAGUAUCUUGCAGCUCCGAUCCCCGGGAGAGCCGAGCACACUCCGCCGGGCUGACAAGGCUGCCAACAUGCUGACCGACAGUAAUGUGGAGGAGUUCGAGAUCAAGGAGGAUGAGCCGUGGUAUGAUCACCAGGACUUACAGCAAGAUCUGCAGCUUGCGGCUGAGCUGGGGAAGACUUUAUUGGAUCGCAAUACGGAACUGGAGGAAUCUUUGCAACAGAUGUAUGAUACCAACCAGGAGCAGAUCCAGGAAAUUGAAUACCUGACGAAGCAGGUGGACUUGCUGAGACGGAUGAAUGAGCAGCAUGCCAAGGUGUAUGAGCAGCUGGAUGUCACAGCCAGAGAACUGGAAGAUGCCAAUCAGAAACUGGUGCAGGAGAGCAAGGCAUCACAACAAAAGGUUAUUGGUUUAACGGAAACCAUUGAAGGACUGCAGGUCCAAAUUGAUGACCUUCAGAAACAAGUGGAAGAACUGCGAAAAAACAGCCAGUUGUGUCGCACCCGUGAGAAAUUUGAGCAAUCCAGGUCAACGCACAGCUUCUCCUGUCUUAAGGAACUGUAUGAUCUACGCAAGUAUUUUGUAUACGAUCAUGUUUUUGCUGAGAAGAUUGCAUCUCUGAACACUCAGCCUGAACCAAUUGAGGAGGAAAAUGAGAAUUUGAAGAAGACCUUGGUAAUCCUGGAAGCACAGCUUGGUACGGAACGCAAAAAAAGACACAGCUUGGAGGAAGAAUACAGCCAGGUUGCAAAAGAAAAUGCUGAGCUAGAGCAGAUCCUCCAUGAGAGAAACUCCGUCCAUGCUCGGGCAGAAGAGCUGGAGGCAGAGGUGGCCGAAAUGCGUCAGAUCUGUCGGUCUGACAGUGUAUUUGCAAGCAGCGUUGAGAAAUUGAUCCCGGAGUCCAUCUAUAUCUCCUUCAAAGAAAAUGCAGACAAGGAUAUAGAGCCCGAGGCAAGUAUACGGCCCACAGAAGGGAACAAAAGGCCUUUAAAAAGGAGCAGCAGUGAGAUGAUACUGCCCAGUUCUACUGCAGAAGCCAUCCGCAGUGGCCACGAGGAGACCUGUAUUAGGAGAACAGAAGCUGUAAAACAAAGGGGAAUUUCACUGCUUAAUGAGGUGGACUCUCAGUACAGUGCUCUGAAAAUCAAGUAUGAGGAGCUUCUUCAGCGGUGCCAGUUGGAGGACGAUUUCUUCAGCCAUAAGGCGGUCCAGACCUCUAAACUGUCCACCGGCCCCUCCAGUGUAUCUCCUUCUGAAGAUGGUUCUCCAUUACAUUCCUUCUCUACCAAGCACAAAGCUGCUUCCCCUGGAACCCAGCCAGAGUAUAAAGUUCUUUUUCAGGAAAUUUUUAGCUGUAUCAAUAAAACCAAAGAAGAAAUUAAUGAGCAACGAACAAAAUACAAACAGAUUUGUGAUUCUAAAGACAGCUAGAGUACAAUGUAUUCCCAAACUUUUCCACUUUUUUUUUUUUUUAACUUGAAGUGCAAGUCCACUUUUCUGACAGGUUGAUGUUGUAAUGUGGGAUGGCAAAACAAAAAAAGCUUUCCAAGCCCUUCUAACCAUAUGCUUUAAAAGAGAAGUAUGAGAUUUUUUUUUUUUAAUCCCAUAUUCAUACUUGCCUAGAUCAAUGCAGCAAUGUUCUCUUCACUGAGAA